CCAUGGCCUCCUAGCCCCGAAACCUUCGGCCAAACCAACCGGAAAGCCAUGUGCUGUCCCAUCAGAAUUUAGUUGGAUGUAGCCCACACAAUUGAUGUUACAUACUAAUUCUGCACAGUUCUAGGGAGUGUAAGGGCCCAACGCAAACCUCGGCUUCGCUCACGUACCUCUCGUGGGAAGUGUUCUUUUAGCAGGUUGAGGAUUUAACAAGCUGGUCCUCGUACUGCUUGUGUUAACAAAUGCAUUUAACGGAGGGAGAGAUGGGGAUUCCAUAAGACAAGUUACCAACCAUGAGCACUGGCGUUGUCGCGGCUGGUGCCGCAGCUGUAGCUUUGUAUGUGUACAUAAAGCAGAAAGCAUUCCAAGAUGGUUCAGCUAUGGAACCUGUGCUUCCUGUGGAGGUUACCAGGAAUGCGCCGGACCAUGCGCCCAGCAACUGGGGAGAAGCGCUUUACCACGUAAAGGAAGUUCUCAGGUACAUGUACAACGAGACCUUUGCAAGGUGGCAUACAAUUGACCUUUUCGUCGGCCUGGCAUAUCUCUCGCACCGGGAAGCGGUUGAGUAUCCUGCUGCGGACAUCGCGGCCAAGGGUGUUCCUAUCGGGGUAGACCUAGGCACGGAGGAGCGCCUAAAGCUGUUGUUGGAGUUGCAGGAGGCGCGCCGCUACAUGCUGUACUGCAAGGGGCUCAAGCUGCGGCGGGAGGACAUGCAGGCGCGGUUCUGGAGGGAGCACCUGGGGGCAGACUCCCUGACGCUGCUCCGCCAGCAGGCCACCGCUGGCGUGUUGCGCCCCGCCUACGUGGUGGUGGCCGACCACCUGCUGCGCUGCAUCGUGCUGUGCGUGCGGGGGACGCACUCCAUGAAGGACCUCUUCACCAGCCUGGCGGGUGCCGCCAAGCCCCACCACGUGGUUGACCCGCUGACCGGGCAGCUGGUGCUGGGGUGGAGCCACCUGGGCAUGCUGGCGGCCGCACGGUGGCUGGCGCGGCAGGUGGCGCCGCUGCUGCGGGGGGCGCUGCGGGAGCACCCGGGGUACCAGCUGAGGAUCGUGGGCCACUCCAUGGGCGGCGGCACCGCAGUGCUGCUCACCAUGAUGCUGCGGGGGGGCUACAUGUGCGGAGGGGGAGGGGAAGGAGAGGCAGGGACAGCAGCAACGGCCUCGGACCGUGUCCCCACCGGCUCCUCCGCCUCCUCCUGCCCUCCCUCACCCUCACCCGCAGCAGCUCCCUCCCCUCCAUCCCCUCCCUCCUCUCCCUCCCCUGAACCCCACCCUCCCACCUCCACCUCCCCCACCUCCCCCGACCCCUUCCUCGACGCCCGCUGUUUCGCCAUCGCCUGCCCCUGCCUGCUGACCGCGGAGCUGGCCGCCUGCUGCCGCCCCUACGUCACCAGCCUGGUCAACGGCACGGACAUCGUGCCCACCUUCUGCGCCGCCUCGGUGGAUGCGCUGCGGGAGGACGUGACGCGCUCCGCCUGGUUCACCGAGUUCAGUCGGGACAUGCGGUCGGGGGUGGUGCGGGCGCUGCAGGGCGGUGUUCGCGGUGUGGGCAGCGCCACCCAGUGGACCAGCCGCAACAUACUGGCGCCCGCGGUGGGGCCGUUCAGGGCCUGCUACGCCACCACCACCACACGCCGAAUCAAGCGCCGCACCGCCUCCUCCGCCUCCCUCGCCUCCUCCACCUCCUCCUCCUCGCUCUUCUCAUGCGGGCCCCUCACCACCGCCACCACCACCACCCUAACAGCGGUGGAGCAACAAUACGAGCAACAGACGAUACUAGCAGGGACGCUGGGGGCAGGGCCGGGGCCGGGGCAGGGGCCAGGAGGAGGAGUGGCCUUCCCGGCUGCCUACACCGCUGCCACCACCACCGCCACCGCCACCUCCUUCUCAGCGACUACAACAACGCUGGUGGGCGCGGCGGCGGCGGCGCUGCCGCCGCGGGCUCAGGCAAUGACGUCAUCAUCAAGAGGACCCAUGGGUCAGGACCUGGGCAGUGCUGGUGACGGUGGCAGUGGCGGGCUGGACGAGCGGGCUAUGGCUGAGGCGGUGCAGAGCUGCAUGUACGCGGUGGAGUCCGCUGUGACGGCGCAGCAGGGGGCCACCAGCGCUACUGACCCCGCACUGGCGGAGGCGCUGGGGCUGCUGGAGAGCCUGCCGCGGGAGCUGGGAGCCGGCAGCAGCAGCAUCAGGGGGGCGGCGGCGCAUGGAGCAGCCGGCAACCACCACCACCAACACCCGCACCACCUCCACUCGCAGCACCACCACCGCCCGCAACGCGACGACGUGAGGAUGGUGGAGCCGCGGGAGGAGGAGGAGCAGGCAGAUAGCCU